AAUUGUUUUCGUCACUUAUAAGAAAGUUUAUCUAUAAUCUAUGGUAGUAAUCAAUGGAAGGUUCUCAACAAGGAAAUAGCAAGGAAAAGAAUAAAGUAGUUGGAAAUUAUACAUUGUGGACGCGGGAGGAGAGUAAUGAGUUGCUACGUCUUAUGGUUAAUGCGGUAAAAAAUGGAUGUCGUGGUAGUAGUGGAGUCUUAAGCAAGGCAACUGUGGAAAGAAAGAUACUUCCUCUUCUUAAUGAAAAAUUUGGUUGUCAAAGAUCAUAUGCACACUACCAAAGUCGAUUGAAAUGGUUUAGAAGACGUUUUCACAAAUUUUCUCAGCUUAUGUGUCAUAACUCUGAAUUUCGGUGGGAUCCAACAACAAAAAGGUUCAUGGCUAGUGAUGAAUGUUAUUCUACUCAUAAGAACCUACGCACAUGUACUAUUGCUGACUAUGAAGAUUUGGCAAUUGUAUUUGGGAAUACUAAUACCACAGGAAGUGAUACAGAUGCAAAAACCUACAAUGCGAAAGAAGAUAAACAACAUAACAUUGAUGAGCUACAAUUUGACUCUGGCAAUGAUGAAUUCAUCCUAAAUGAUGCAUAUGUAGCAUCCCAAGAUCCCCAACCCUUACAAUAUACUUCGUCAAUACCUCAAGAGAUAAAUGAAGCAACUUCAACAAAGUAUUUUAGCAAAAAAAGAAAUAGAACAGAGUCGUGUGAUGAGAAUAGUUUAGUUGAAGACCAAUCUAACAUCUUGGAGAAACUAUCUAUUUGUUUAGAUUCAAUUGCUGCUAAUUUUCAUAGCUUAGUGCAAAAGAGGGAAAAAGGAAAUAAUUGUUGGAAUGCUAUCAAGGAACUCCCAGGCUUGAAUAAUGACACCCGUUUCAAAGCUAUUGAAUGGUUGAACACGGAAACAAAGAAGAAUAUCUUUCUAGAAAUGUCACCACAAAAUCGUUACAAGUGGAUAAUAUUUAAAUUGUCUAAAUGAGAGUUUAUAU